GUCCCAGCUCCUCAAUGAGAUCAGGGCAAACUAUGAAAGGCUCAUCACCCGAAGUCAGAUAGAGACCAUCCUCUCAGCAGGGACCCAGGUAAUGAUCAUAUACAGACAGGCACCUACCCGAAUAAGGAACCAGUCCAAUGUGUACUCAGUUCCUCUCUCAGCCUCUGUGAGCUAGAAGCAGCCACUAGUGAAAGAAUGAGCAAAGACGAAGAAGUGCUAAAAGCAGCCAGGGCAGAGUUAAAUGAAGCUAGACGUCAGUGGCAUCAAAUGCAGACGGAAAUUGACUCUCUCCAUGCGAUGGAAAAAGGCCUGGAAACUGCUCUGCGCACCACAGAAGAGAAGUACCAGACUCAGCUCAAGGAUUUGGAAAGAGAGAUUGAAGACCUGGAGGCAGAGCUACAAGAGGUGCGACACGGCAUCGAGAAACAGCUCCAGCAACAUGAAGAAUUACUGAACACUAAGAUGAAGCUCGAGCAAGAAAUCGCCAGAUACCGCAGUCUGCUGGAGAAGGAGGAAAAAAGGUUGCACCGUUCUACACACCAAGAAAGAAAAGAUGACAAAAAGCCUACCACCAGCCGAAUAGCAUUUAUCUUGCCUUCACCAAGCGAACUAAAGAAGCAUGAGAUUGAAAAAGUGGAAAUAGUGACAAAGCAAGCAAUCUUAAAUGGAGAUGUUGCAAAGGAACGUGCAGAAGCUCAUGGCACAAUACAGACAGAAAAAGUCGACGAAGUGAUUAAAGAAUGGGAAGGCUCUUUCUUUAAGGACAACCCUCGCUUAAGGAAAAAAUCUGUUUCUUUGCGCUUUGAUCUCCACCUGGCAGCCACAGAUGAAGGUUGUUUACAGACUAAACAGAAAAGCUUGCCUGAUAUCGAAGUGAGAUUGGUUAUGAGGAGGUCUUGCAGCAUCCCGUCAAUCAAAACUUAAAUUGGCACCAAACUAAGCCAAAGAUUAUUCAUGGAUGAGUUUCAGAAAUAAAUGCUAGUGUGGACCUAGAUGAACUACACGAUCGCCUACAAUACAAAGAGUAUGCUCCUCAGCUAAUAUAUAUUCCUAUAACCUAAUGAUCAUUUUGAAGACAUAAAAAAGGAUUAAGGGUAUGACGUUUCUGAGAAACAGAAUCACUAUUUGAUUAUUAUCAUUAUUGUGUCUGCUGAAAUAGUUUCCGCUCUCAGAUUUCCUGGCUUUUAGAAUUUUAACACAUACUUCAGAAUUUAAUAGAUCCAUUCUUGCCUUUGUGGAAAAGAAUGUCCACACUAGAAAAGACUCAGGCAUAAGAUUAUGAAUGGCAUAACUGCAUUCAACUAUUUUGACCCCCUCCCCCUCAUCACAAUUAACAUUUUAUUGAAUUGUUGAUAUGUCUCUCCUGACAAUCAGUAAAUCCAUGCAAAACCUUCACGGGAGCAGAUGGACUUCAACCCAUCAAUUUCCAAAGUCAUCCCAACAAAGUCCAUUUCAAGUCCAGACCAUUUUCAGAAAAAUGUUAAUAGUCACAACAAAAUUUAUAUCUAUUAUGUGUCAAAGCUAUCCAAUAAUUAUACACUUAUCCUAGGGUCUGUGUACAACAAUAGUUGGAUUUCUCUAACAGAUCCACGCUAGUAUUUUCAAGGCUUAUUUUUAAAGCCAUUUUAAGCCAUACCUUGUAAUCUGAUCCCAUCAACAUUUUUGUAAAACCCUGCUAGUUUAACCUCAAGAGUGGCUACAGCCAAGACAAUACUGUACCAAAUUUCCUGUGACUGCCAGCUCUCACAAGUUUAUCAGACAAGGGGAAUUGGAAGUAUAAUCUGAUGGCAAUCUGAACGCAAUCAUGGGGUUUAACGUUA